UUUAAAGAUGUAUAGUUUGGAGGACUUUGAAGUUAUAAGUAUUUUGGGGACGCACCUGAACUCGACUUAUUACAAGGUGAAAAACAAGACGAGCGGCGAAGGGUUCAUAUGGAAAGCUAUCAAUUACGAGGAGUAUUCGAACGAUUCUAAAGACCUGAUUAAGAGAAUUGCGAAGCGUAAACUAGAAGACAGUGAGAACAGUUUGAAAGUGCAUGAUUAUAUAAUUCAUGAUGAAUCGGUUACAAUUUAUUUAAUCAUAGAUUACUGCGAAUACGGCUCAUUGUACAGCAUCAUCUCCAAGUGCAUCAAAAACGACGAAUGCAUCGAGGAAAGUUUCCUCUGGUACCUGAUUUACAGGCUGGCGAAAUUGGCGAAGGAAUUUGGAAGCGUUAACAUGCACGACGUAUUUAUAAAUGAUCAGUACAAUGUGAGACAUUUAAAUUUUCCGCUGAAUUCGAAUCAAGAAGCGGUUACAAAUUCGUUUUCGGAGAUUCUCCACAUGCUAAUACACAGACAAACCAAAUACAGUCAGAACGAAGAUUUCCCAACGCACUACAGCAGCGAACUGAAGAAUCUGUUUCAUUUCAUAACCACAGAAACGCCGAUGACUUUGGAUGCAGUCCUAUGCCAUCCAACUGCUUUAUCCAAAUUGAAUUACAUUAAAAACACGAGCAUUUUUCAUAAGUUAUCGAAAUCCCAGAUCGAUGAUAUAGAUUUGGAAAAGCUAUACCAAACCAAAUUGGAGAAUCUGCGCACCAGAGAAGCGAUUUUGAAGAGCGCAGAGGAUAAGUUAAAGGAGAAACAACGUAAUUUGGAAAAUAGGGAGAAGAAAAUUUCUCUGAUGGAAAGAGUAGUUAAAGAAAAGAUUUCACGUGCUGAAUUGUAUUUGAAACGAUCACGAGAGCAAAAGGCUAGCAACAACACUUUAAAUAAAGCGAAAAUUCAGAGAACGCUUUACGAUAAUUUAGAUACUUCGUUUUCUGCGGAUUGCGGCGAAAGCGUAAUCAUGCCUACCAGCAAGAAGCUGAACGUGGAUAACAUCGUAAAACCCAUUCAGCUGUGCAGGACGAUUUCGGAGAGGAGGACGGUGCGUUUCAAGCAGCAAAGUCCUCUCAAGGAUAUACACAAUAUGAAGAAGGAACUCGCACAGAAAGUGAGACCCAACCAAUCGGAUUCGGAGAAAACUUCGGAAAGCAGUUCGGAAAAAGGGGGCACUCUGGAAAAGAGCAAACCGAAAAAGUUCCUACUUUCAUCGAUGUUUUCGAAGAAACAUAAGAAGAUUGCUAAUUCGAUUAGCUCUUCUUCGGAUUGUAUUUCUGGUCACACCUACGAGGAGAUCGACAAUAAGCAACAGAACGAGCAGAAGCCUAUCGGGUGGACGGAAGAGAGUAAAAGACAUGCCUUCGACUUGCUGAGGAUUAUGAACGGAGGUGUAAAUUCCGACGAGUUCGGGCAUCAAAUUCAACACACUUACCUUUAGAUGCAAUAUUUUUUUGUUACAAAUGUAUAUAUUAUAUAGACUGUUUAUUAAUUUAGAUACUUUAU